UGCGAGUAUAAACUUGGGGGAGAAGAAUCGUGCCCACAUCUCUCUUUCUCGAGCUUUUUAUCUCGCAAGAUCCCAUCUCGUUUGUGUUUGUCGUAUUUGUUCCCUCAAACCCCUUGCCGAUAGUUGAAGUGAUUCAAUCAUGUUUGGGCGUGUUCCAAAGAAGUCUGAUAACAGUAAGUAUUAUGAAGUACUCGGGGUUCCAAAAAGUGCAAAUCAAGAUGAAUUGAAGAAGGCAUAUAAGAAAGCUGCUAUAAAGAAUCAUCCUGAUAAAGGUGGUGACCCUGAUAAGUUUAAGGAGUUGGCUCAUGCUUAUGAAGUUCUUAGUGACCCGGAGAAGAGAGAAAUAUAUGAUCAGUAUGGUGAAGAUGCUCUUAAAGAGGGAAUGGGAGGAGGUGGUCCUUCUCACAACCCAUUUGACAUUUUUGAGUCAUUUUUUGGUGGGGGAGCCUUUGGUGGCAGUGGUAGCUCAAGAGGUAGAAGGCAGAAGCGAGGUGAAGAUGUUGUGCAUCCUCUUAAAGUCUCUCUGGAAGAGUUGUACAAUGGGGCAACAAAAAAACUCUCUCUUUCCAGGAAUGCAAUAUGCAGUAAAUGUAAAGGGAAAGGUUCAAAGAGUGGAGCUUCCUCUAAAUGUAAUGGUUGCCAGGGUCAAGGUAUGAAAAUUACAAGACGGCAGAUCGGGAUUGGUAUGAUCCAACAGAUGCAGCAUGUUUGUCCUGAAUGCAGAGGAUCAGGUGAGGUGAUUAGUGAUCGAGAUAGAUGCCCCCAAUGCAAAGGAAACAAGGUUACUCAGGAAAAAAAGGUACUGGAAGUACACAUUGAGAAAGGAAUGCGCGAUGGUCAGAAAAUUACAUUCGAGGGACAAGCUGAUGAGGCUCCAGACACUGUAACUGGAGACAUUGUUUUUGUGUUGCAACUCAAGAAACACCCCAAAUUUGAAAGGAUGAUGGAUGACCUUCAAGUGGAACACAAUCUCAGUUUGACAGAGGCUUUGUGUGGGUUUCAGUUUGCGCUCACUCACCUUGAUGGCAGGCAGCUCUUAAUUAAAUCAAACCCUGGCGAGGUCAUUAAGCCUGGUCAAUACAAGGCUAUCAAUGAUGAGGGCAUGCCCCACCAUCAGAGACCUUUCAUGAAGGGCAAGCUAAUAGUCCAUUUCAAUGUUAAUUUCCCAGAAUCUGGGGUAUUGUCACCUGAGCAAUGCCGGAAGAUAGAGACUGUAUUGCACAUGAGGCCUAGCAAGCGCUUGACUGAGAUGGAGCUUGAUGACUGUGAAGAGACUACUUUGCAUGAUGUCAAUGCUGAGGAGGUAAAGAGCCGGAAGGAACAACAAGCGCAUAGUCAUAGGCAUCGUGAAGCUUAUGAUGAAGAUGAUGACAACAACUACGAGGAGUCGGGACAAAGAGUGCAAUGUGCCCAACAGUAAGAAAUAUUUGAGCAUUGAAUUGCUUUCCUCUAGUAUUUAUAGCAGCAGCCGGUUAUUGAGAUUUCGCAUUGCUCGAAACUUGUCUGGUAGUGACUGCAACCGGCAUAUAAAUUAGUAUGUUUUCUUUGCGUUCUUUCCAGCAUUUUGUGUUAUUUCAUCACAGUUUGAUUUGAUUUUCACGGAUGUAUCUAUUAUGUUUAGAUGCUAGUUUUGAUUAUAAUAUAUAACUUCCUUUGAGUGUGCCUACCUUCAAA